GGUGAGACCAGGUGAGAUGCGAAGCAACAUUUCCGCCAAACAAGGUUGUCUAGUCCUGGUACAUGGAAGAGUCUUCAGGCUUCCAAUUAAUUACAAUAACUGAUUCUACUUUUUAAUUCCUCCCUGUCAGGUUUAUGGUGCACUAUUAGUGAACGAUGACGUUCCAGUCAAAUGUGAUCAGCUCACAGCCUCAGAUCUCGGGAACACAGUACACUGUGUCCUCCGGAUUGUCAGAUUGGAGUUCAAAUGUGUGCGACUGCUGUGAAGACUGCGGCAUAUGUCUUUGUGCAUCGUUCGUCCCUUGUAUCCUGGCCUGUAAGGUGGCUCAGGACAACGGGGACAGCUGCUGUCUGCCCUUCCUUCCUGGUGCCAUGAUUGCUCUAAGGACAAGCGUCCGCAGCAGAUACCACAUUGAAGGCUCAGUGUGUGAUGACUGGGUAGUCAUGGCCUGCCUGCCUCUGUGUGGACUGUGUCAGAUGGCACGAGAGCAAAAGAUGAGAGGAUUAUAAGAAGGGACGUUGAAUCUAAUUUCAAAUUACAAAGAAAGAGAAUGUGUUGAAAUUUACAUUCCAUGGUCUGGACACAAUUUAUUUCAGAUUCAGAUUUUAAAUUUGUUGGCAUGACCAUGAUUAGGUAUUGCCAAAGGACAAAGAACAAGGUUUACAAUGUAAGAAUAAUAGACCGAUAAUCAGACUCAAUUGCCAUUUUAUUUCACUGUAUUAUUUUGUACUAUUAUUAUUAUUAUAGCAUCUUACAUACUAUAUGUAUUAUAUAUAUAUUUAAAAAUCUGAGAUGUGGGCGGCGAUUCAGAGACUUGGAACCAGGCUAAAUAAUUCAGAUGGAAGAAAAUAAGAAAUAAUUAACUAGGCCUAAACUUUUACACUGAACCAUUGUCUUUGAUAAAAAGUUAAAUAUUGACUCAUUGUAAUGAAAUUGUCUUCAUGCAACAAACCAGUGAAGACAUUAAGAAGGAAAUGCUGAGAUUUACAACAACAAUGACUUUUCCCUUCAAAGUUGCGAGUCUAUAGUGGUGAAUUUACACACAUUAUUUAUUUUGUAAUUAUACCUGAAUACUGUUUUUCUUGCAUAUGUUAUUCAAUAAUGCAUAUCAUGUAUUCAUCUUAUAUUCUAUAAAAGGAGUAUUUCAUGUAUGUUUAAUUAAUUAAAUAUAUUCAUUCAAGUAACAGUAUUUCAAUAAAACCUCUUGGAAUUA